AUUCAAUAACAUGAGCUCCCCAAACAUCCAGAUCUUGCUGACCGUGCUGUUUAUGGUUUCUCUCGGAGUCCAUUCAGACCACUCCCUGACUGAGAGAAAUCCUGGAACACAGCUUUUAAAUAAUCUGUUAACAACAAACCUGCUGGGUGUUCAGGUUCCCAAGGUCGACGGGAAAAACGGUCCACUAGCCCUCGUAUUAGAAAAUUUGAAAAUUACCGAUGUACAUCUACCUGGAGGUGUCAUCAGAAUUAAACAGAGAGACCCACUUGUUUUGACUUUGAAUAUCGACAGCGCGUCUUUGAAUGGAACAAGUGAUCUUCUUGCCAACUAUAAUGUACUGCUGCUUCAGCAAACAAUCAAUGGAUUACUAGAUGUUAGUGCUGAAUUUGGAUUGAGUGUUGACGUAAUACCAGAUUUAGAAAACAAAACUCUUCAGACCGAAAACUGCAUAAUUCAACCUUUAAAAGUGAAAGUGAAGGUCUCCGUCCUUGAAUCCAUUCUACAAUUCCUUUUAGACCUUUUAACUGCUCUUCUUCAAACUACAGUGGAGAGUACCCUAGAUGAUGUGAUUUGUGAAACAGUAAUAAGUACCAUAAACAACGGAGGAAAUCCAGUUUUUGAUUUGUUUGGAAAUGUUAUAGGAUAGAGUCAAACAAGUCAAACAACGAUUAACCAAGAGAACGAACCAUACUUGCUGUCGUUUAAUGUACAACUACUUUAAAAGAAUAAAACUGUUUUGCAAAGCAAUACUAAA